CGUUCGUUUACAUUUAAGCCGCCAUCUUGUCUCUUUCCCCCCCACAAGAAGCUCGGUAUCGUUACAGGAUGGCCGACUACUCCAGCGUGGCUCCUCCGUCCUCCAACUCGGGCGGCGGGGUGAACGACGCCUUUAAGGAUGCGCUGCAGCGCGCCAGGCAGAUUGCUGCAAAAAUAGGAGGAGACGGUGGUGUGCCCCCCCCUCCGGUCGCCAACGAGUUCGGCUACGGCGGCCAGAAGAGGCCCCUGGAGGAUGCCGAUGACUCUUGGACAAGUCUGAGCAGUAGAACACACUGGGAGGGAUUUCAGUCUUCUUUCACAGAUCAACCGGAAACAAAGAAAAUGGCUUCGCAGAGCGACCCUUUCUCAUCAGUAAUGGGGGGCAUGAAUUCUGCUCCCAGGUCGACCUCUGAGGAGUUCAAGGUUCCGGACGGGAUGGUUGGAUUCAUUAUUGGACGGGGGGGUGAGCAGAUAUCGCGACUGCAGCAAGAGUCCGGAUGCAAAAUACAGAUUGCCCAAGACAGUGGCGGCCUACCAGAGAGGGCUGUGACCUUGACUGGGUCCCCAGAUUCAAUCCAGACGGCAAAGAGGCUGUUGACGGAGAUUGUGGAGAAGGGCCGACCCCAGCCGUUCAUGCACUCCGACGGGCAGGGGAUGGCCGUGCAGGAAAUUCUCGUCCCGGCCACUAAAGCUGGCCUUGUGAUCGGGAAGGGUGGUGAGACCAUCAAGCAGUUGCAGGAACGUGCCGGUGUGAAGAUGGUUAUGAUCCAAGAGGGCCCUCAGAACACAGGGGCUGACAAGCCUCUCAGGAUUACCGGGGAGCCUUUCAAGGUCCAGCAAGCCAAAGAGAUGGUGAUGGAGCUGAUCCGGGAUCAGGGCUUCCGGGAACAGCGAGGCGAGUACGGCUCCCGCAUGGGCGGGGGUGACACGCUCGACGUCCCUGUCCCGAGGUUUGCUGUCGGGAUAGUGAUUGGCAGGAAUGGUGAGAUGAUCAAGAAGAUCCAGAAUGACACUGGAGUCAGAAUCCAGUUUAAACCAGAUGAUGGGUCGAUGCCUGAGAGAAUAGCUCAGAUCAUGGGCCCACCUGACCGGGCUCAGCACGCCGCUGAGAUAAUCGCUGAUUUGCUGAGGAGCGUGCAGGCCGGCGGCCCCCCAGGGCCUGGGGGUCGGGGCCGCGGCAGGGGACAGGGCAACUGGAACAUGGGUCCCCCUGGGGGGCUGCAGGAGUUCACCUUUACUGUACCUGCCAUGAAGACCGGCCUCAUCAUCGGCAAAGGGGGUGAGACCAUCAAAAGCAUCAGCCAGCAGUCAGGGGCUCGGGUAGAGCUGCAGAGGAAUCCCCCCCCCAACACUGACCCCAACCUCAAGAUCUUCACCAUCCGCGGCUCCCCCCAGCAGAUCGACUACGCCAGGCAGUUGGUGGAGGAGAAGAUUGGGGGUCCCGUCAGUCCCAUAGGCGGUCCCCACGGCCCCCCCGGUCCACAUGGAGGACCUUCUCCACACGGACCACCUGGACCACCUGGGCCUCCUGCCCCGAUGGGACCCUAUAACCCUGGGCCGUACAACCAGGGUCCCCCUGGACCACACGGUCCCCCUGCCCCCUACCAGCCCCAGGGUUGGGGUAAUGGCUUCCCUCACUGGCAGCAAGGCCAGCCAGAUCCUGGGAAGGCUGCCGCCGACGCCAACGCUGCGGCCUGGGCGGCGUACUACUCGCAGUACCAGCAGCAGCCGCAGCCUCCCAUGGCCCCCGCCGCUGCUGCGCCGGGCACCGCACAGACCAACGGGCAAGGUGACCCGCAGGCUCCAGGUCAGAGUGGACAGACAGAUUACACCAAGGCCUGGGAAGAAUAUUACAAGAAAUUGGGUCAACAGGGGCAGCCGCAGCAGGACUACACUAAAGCCUGGGAGGAGUACUACAAAAAGCAAGGUCAGGCGGCUCCCCAGGCAGCGCCGGCUGCUGCGUCCCCGGCAGGAGGCCAGCCGGACUACAGUGCAGCCUGGGCUGAGUACUACCGGCAGCAGGCGGCAUAUUACGGACAGGGCAGCCCCCAAGCCAUGGGGGCCGCGCCCCCCCAGCAGGUACCGCUUGCCCCGCUCCCCGCCGCCGCCGGCCCGCGCCGCCGCUAACCCUUUCCCCCUAGGUGUGGGCGCCCCCUUGAGGAGCCGGCGUCUCUGCGACUAACUACCUUCUCUCCCACAUACAGGCUUCUGUAAAUGUUUGCUCCACUUGUUAACACUUUAUGUAUCUUUUAUGUAUUUCCUCUGCACAGGGCCAGUAAUGUGAAGUGGACAUAAAGUAUUUGCUUCACUGUCGAAAAAACCUUUGUUAAAUGUUUGGAUGCAGACGCCUUGAUGAAGAUCUUAAUUUCUUUGGUUUAAAGUGUCGAGGAAAGAUUACAAGUCCUGGCGGGGGUGGGGGGGGGCAGGUUCUUUUUGUUUGCUGUGUUUUGGUUUUUCUCCCUUGUACAAUAUAAGCAGUUUGUUUUUAGUGUGGUAAUGAUAGUUUUGGACAUUCCAGCUCAUGUAUUUCAUGUGGUCAAUGCUCAUGUUUAUAAUUACUGUAGUAAUUUCCAUGUAAUUCAUCUCCGUUUUAAAAUGCUUGUUGUGUUUUGCAAUAAAACAAAAUGAAACCUCCUGUGUUGGUAAGUUGGGUGAAAAAGAUGUGGGUAAAAUCUUGCAAGAUGCCUGGUCACUGGGUUCUGACUGUUCACAUGUUGCUGACUGAAAGUUCCACUGUGUUGUCUCCUCCAGUUCUUUUAUUUUUUUUUAUAAUCGAACCGUUUGUUGUGUAUCUGUACUGAAACGGCGCCUCUGACUGCAGUGAUGUCGUGAUUCAUGUUUCGGUGAUUGGUUUAGUUAGUCCUCUGCUGGGCCGUGGUCUCAAUUUAGGCAUAAGCGGAUCAUUUUGGCUUAGUGUUGCUGAGAGAGUCGCAAUGACCUGGUACUGUAGCAUCUGUCCUGUACUGUGCUUGACCUCAUUGUUUUGCAAUGGCGUAGUCUGUGCUGUUUGUAAUGAGAGAAUCAACUUCUUCCCUCACAGGAAAGUUUAGAAAAGCGGUAAGCAACAGUUUUUACAAAAUGUUCCCUGAAAUGUGACGUUAUUUCGGAGAUAUUGGCACAUCUGCUGUUUUUGUUUUUUUUUGCAGCACAGGUAAAUGUGUGAUUCAGAGAUUGCAAAAGUGAUGAUUUGUCUCCCCUAAUUUUAGUAUUUUUAAAGAGAAGCCUUUUUUUGUAUAUUUGCUGGCAAAUUUUUAAACGCAUCUCUGCUCUGAUUAAAAUUGCCUGCGAAAUGGAGGUUUUUGCUUUGCUGUUGUGUGUGAAGAUGCACCCGGCGUAGGCGUAUAGCUUUAUAGGGGUGAGCAGUCCUGUGCCGACAGCCCCCCCCCCUGAUUACAGCCUUCAGAGGGUAUUACCACUGUAAGUACACCAUGCUGAAUCACUGCUAAAGACCCCCCUUACCUUUCAAUGUAUGAAAAGUCUAGUGUGUCCUCCUGGAAACUGUAUUUUUAUUAUGAUUGAAUUCCCAUCUGACCGUGGGUAAGUAUCUCUGGGCUUAGAGGCACCCUGUGAAAUUGUGGUUCCAUGUGAUUCCAUUCCUGAACUGCAAAGUACUGCCUAUGAAAGUUUCUUGGAUUUUGUGAAUUCGGAUGGUGACUUGCUUCUCGGGCAAACCCACAAGCCGGCCACGUGGCUGUCUCUGCUUCCUGGUUCGCCUUUUUUAGGAAUGCUUGCCGGUUGGACCUUUCUCUGUUUUGAUCUCUGAAAUGUGAGUUUGUUCUCAUGUUGGCGUAUUCACUGUCAUGUGUUCACAGGGAAUACUGAAAGGUCCAUGUCUUCCCAGUUUAACUAAGGGGGAUAGAUCUUGCUGGCCUCUCUGUACGCAGAGAAUAGUGUGGUCUUUCUGUGACCCAGCUGUGCCCUGUAAUCCUUUAGCAUGUGACGGACUGAUUUGCGUAUUGCUGUACUUCCUGAGCACUGGUUUCACAUAGUUCUGAAGUUUCAGAGGACCAUAGACCCGUACGGUGCGGAUAGCAUAACUGAAAUUGACAUGCCGAUGUUCUUUGGAGUCAUUUUUUGUACUGGAGGCUGUUAAAUUGACUUAUAUGAAUAACUGAAUUUUUUACUGAUGGCAAACAGUGCAAUAUUUAAUCUUUGCAGUGUGACCCAGAUCUUUCACCUUAGGUUCUGCUGCAGUAAUACAGGUAAGCAUGACCUAAGGACACCAGUGUUUUUGAUCUGUGAGUGAUGGAUCUGUUUUGACUUGCAUUUGUAGAUAAUGUAGACCCUUUGAGACGAGUAAUUUUUUUUUAUAGCAGUGAUGCCUUAAAACGUUCAGAGUUUUAAAUUGCUUGUCAGAUGCGAAAUGCAUAAGAACGGCCUUUGUGUUUAUGAAACCUAAGCUGUCAAGAUGCAUGGCGUUUAAUACUGUACCAGAUGAAAGGGAUCUUGCAGACAGUGAGGCGUUCAGACCAUGUCUGCUGUUUCCUCUGUCACUGUAACAUAGGUCAGUUUUCUCAGUGCAUUUUAUGUAUUAUGUACAUUAGUGUCCCGGUAAGUCUCUUUAUUUUCAAUCCUCCCUGUGUGACCAUGAUGCAUAGACUUGUAGGUAUUUCUUGUCUUAUGUCACUUGAGAAUUGCAUGCAGUCACAUGCUUUCAGAUGUCAGCCAGACAGGACGAUGAACAUUUAAAGCAGAGCACAGUGAUCAUGUCAAUGCCUGGUGUUAAUCCUGUGAUGCCCGUGUUGUAGUGCCAUUUAAAAAUGCUGCCUUCAUUUUCACACACAGUGUUGAAGAUGCUGCAAGCAUAGUUCAUAGAAUCAGGCCCUGAGAUAGGUUGUCCCUAAGGAGGAAUCCUUUGAGUCUGUCCUGGUGAACAUAGACCCUUCAAGGGCUCCCGUAUAAGGUAAAUUUGAGGAAUUGUCAUGACUGCAAAAUGUCUUUGCUGUAAGUUUAGGGACUGUGAUAUUUGUAACAUCUGAAUUGAUGCCUGCUUUUUCUCCCAAAUAACUGUACCAUGCCAUAAAAUGAUAGGUGUCUAUUAUAAAACUGCUAGAACAUGUAGAUUAUUUUCUUCAGAUAAGCAGUUGUAUGAAACCCUGAAGUCGGAGUUCCAUGUCUAAAUCCUUGUUUUUGACUUAGUGACAGGUUUUUGGUAGUAAUUUGGAUAGUAUGUUGUCUCUCUUGAAGUAUGACCUUGCAAGUGAACUGUUGCCCAAUGUCUGGCUGCAUGUCUCGUGUGCAUGCAGUGAGAGAUGCUGUUUCCUUCUGAGUAAAGUUCUCAACAGAGAAUUCGUGGGGGGUCUUUUAAAGAAGAGAAUCUGAAGCUUAAGUGAGCAUUAUGGAAAAGGGAACAUACCUUAGAGGUAAAUCAUGACCUUCUGCUGUGUUACCCCUGUACUGCCAUGUUAGACCUGACUGUUCACCAUUGUUCACUUGUUCAAAAUAAACUUGUAAUGAUGACAAA